AUGUAUAUUCUCAAUGGAUUGCCGGCCUCGUAUCAAGGAUUCAAGACGACAAUUCAUACAAAUCUACAGUCGUUAAGCUUAGAUGAAAAUCCCGAACUGUUUCGACAGCUUGUAGGUGCUCUUCAAUAUUUAACAAUAACCCGUCCGGAUAUUUCUUAUGUCGUUAAUCUGUUGUGUCAAGCUAUGCAUACACCUUUACAACAUCAUUUUCAGGGUUUAAAACAUCUACUUCGUUAUGUUAAGGGCACUACUGAUUUUUGUAUGCAACUUCGUUCUAGUUCUUUAUCUAUGCGUGCCUAUGCCGAUUCCGACUGGGCAGGUGACCCAUUCGACCGGAAAUCUACCACGGGUUAUUGCUUAUUUCUUGGUGAUAAUCUUAUCUCUUGGUGUGUGAAGAAGCAACCUACUGUGGCACGCUCGUCCACGGAAGUUGAAUAUCGAGCAUUAGCCACUGCUGCCACCGACAUUAUUUGGAUCAGACGCUUGCUUGCUGACUUUCAGUUCUCUAUUACAGCUCGUACUUCUCUCUAUUGUGAUAAUGUCUCAGCAAUAGCGCUUGCCCAUAAUCCA